GGAUGAAGUCGUGCGGUGCGGAUCGUUGUCUCGUUGAUCAGGAACUAAAAUUGACCAUCGUUUGAUCAGGUAUUUAAACAGCAAAUGUGCACCCAAGUGUAAGGUUUGUGAAAAAUUGUGUUAAAAGAGAAGAUUACCGUGAUUCCUGUGCAAUCUGAGCAAUGAUUGAGAUUGAGCAGAGCACUAUUUAUUGAGUGAUAGUUGUGUUACGAAAUUAAUAGCGAAUCUGGAUAUAGCUCUUGCAGUUGAACGAGUUUCUAUUAUUCAAAGGAUUGCGACAUCGAAUUUCAACGAAAGUUAACCGGAAAGAUAAGUGUGAAUCAUGGAAUCUACGCCUGGAAGUGAAGCGUUCUCCUCAUUGGACGAACUGCAGCGCCAGCUGAACGAAGAUUUUGCUCAAACGAUCGAACCACCGGUAGGCACAGCAGCAGCAUCAACAUCAGGCCUUACUGCAACUACCAUCAGCACCGUCGUGCUCCAGGGUGGUCCGUUACAACUGGUUGUAGCGAUUCUGAAGAGCGGAGAAAAGCUGUUUAUCAAGGUAGCAGAUCUGCAGCCAAAAUUCACAUUUCUUGGACCGAGUCUCGACGAGGCGCUGAAGCUUCAAAACCAGCACGAUGAGUUGCUCCAGCAGAUACAGAACCUGCCAACACCACUGGAGGAAUUCUAUAGAAAGAUACAGGAAAAAAUUUCAUCGAAUGAGAGACCCAACCCGACACUAAUCGAAGAAAUGGCGUCGUCGCUGAAUGCUGUGUGGCAUGAUAUCAAGAAGAUGCUCGCUGAACGUCGCGAGAUCGUUGCGCUGAAUGUGAGCUUCUUCGAGCGUCUUGGGGAGGCAUACGGGAAGAUGUCCUCGCUGGAAGUAGCCUGCAACGAUACAAUGAUACCGAUCGAGAUUGAUGCCGUGCGUGAGUUCCUGGAAUCGUUUCGCAACCUUCGAAGCGAUAUGCUAAACACAAUCUCGCAAGCGCUCACAGCUGGCAAUCAGAUAUUGGAUCGGUUGCGAGUACUGUCCGAGAUAGGCACGCUUGAUUCGAGGCCGAACCACAUCAAGCUUGAUGCCAUACAAGCCAUCGGGCUGGUAGAGACCUGGCUAGAAGAUCUCUCGAACCGUCGGAAUCAGCUUGAACAAGCAUGGAUUUCUCGCAAAACACAACUAGAGCAGUGUCUCACGCUUGCGAUUCUGGCAAAGGAGCUGGACGAGAUCGAGCAAUGCUUGAGCCGAGUGCGGAGCCAGAACCUCAGUUCCUUCACUCUGGGUGAAUCGGCGGAACAGGCUCGAGACCUACUCGAAACGUAUCAAAACCUCAAGCCCGAAGCAGCCAUGCUACGGGACAAAUCAUUGAAGAUAACGAAGGCAACCGAAGAACUUCUUACGACCGGGUGCUUCGCAGGAGAUGAAGCGUGCGCUAAGGCCUAUAGUGUGCUAAAUGCAUGUUCGGAGCAUUUGGAGGAGAUCGACCAUCGGGAAACAUUGCUGGGUACGUCACGAGAGUUUUUCGGGCGAGCCGAGGCGAUUUUGAAAAGGCUCGAUCAGUUAGAGAUAGAGGUUAGCAAUGCUCAAAUGAGGCCGUCUUCGCCAAACGAUCUACCGGUGCAUCAGCGGUUGCUUCAAGAUAUUCGCGAAUCGAUUGGCGAAGUAUUGCAGAUGGGUUACUCGCUAGUGGAUGAUGUUGGUCGCACGAAACCGGAAGUAGCCGGCGUACAAGCCAUGAUCGAGCGGAUCGAACAGCGCAAGCUGAACUUUGAACGAUACUGUAAUGAGGAAAGUGAACGAAACGUUCGAGCGUCGCAAGCCUUGAAUGAGUUCUUGGAGCGCUACAACCAGUUAUUCGUGUGGCUUGAAGAAGCAUUUGCAGAAAGAAUUGUUGGUGGCAAAGCUAUUCACAACAUGGGAGAAAAUCUCAUCGAGGCCAAAGAGUGCUUGCUGUUGCAUCACCAGUUUCUGAAUGAUUUAGAGAUCAAAGGCAACGCUAUAAAUAACUUGCUCGUGCGGUUGACACCGUGCCUGGAGCAUCUUUCCGACGUGCAGCGUGAUGACGUGCAGCGAAAGAUCGACCUGAUCCGACAAAAAUGGAUCGAGCUGAAAAACUACGUCAUCGAGCGGGUUGAUCGUUUGAAGCUAUACAUCAAGUUCCAUCAGGAAGCGGAAACGUUGCGCAAUCAGUUCGACGCUUACGCAAUCCAGUUUGCAACGUUCAAGGACAAUCCGGCCGACCAUUCACUCAUCCAUGCAGCUACAGCCAACAUCCGCCAGACACUCGAGAGCCUGCGGACGAUCGGAGCUCAAUUUUUGAACCAACUGGAACAGAUUGGGGCGGACCCAUACUUGCAGAAAUCUCGCGCAGCGCAGUGCGUCGAACGAACGCUCGCCGAAUUCGACGAUCGUCAGUUGGCGAUCAGUAAUGAGUGGGAAAGCUGGAACAGUCGACGACGCACGGAGACAAUCCUAAAAGAAAUCAUGGCCGCCAACAUGGAGACAUUGGCCGUAACGUCGAAG